AUGGAGACGUCACCACCUUCUCCCGGACCAGAACCCUACGAACCCAUCACAGCGGAGAAAAAACCCGGCGAGAAGUGCUACACGAUGAUAUUCUUUCCUACCGCGCUCCUGGUCCUCGCCGCUGGUGUGCUCAUCAGAGCCUACAGUGAUCCCGCUACACACGCCUCGCAGCGCUUGCCGCGAGCUGAGAUACCGGCGCAGGCUCAGUUCAUCGAUCAGAAGGGCUUCAAUGUGCUGCCAACCGUCCCGCCUCCGAGUGUGUCCAAUGCAACCACAUUCUUUGUGCCUCCGGGUUACGAUGCCGAAGCGCUGAAGGAGAAGCCGUUUCACGUAUACGAUGAGGAGUUUUGCGACGUGAUUGGCUCUAAUCCCACUUUGACUCUUAUUGCCAAUGCCGGACCCCACCCCCUAUUCCACGAAGCCACUACAUGGUAUCCUCCUACGGAUGAGAUGUUCUUCGUGCAGAAUGCAGGAGCGCCAGCAGCGGGAACAGGAUUGAAUAAGUCCAGCAUCGUACUAAAGAUCGCAUUAUCCGAAGCAGCUGCUGUCUCGAGCCGGCGCAAUGCAACUGGAUCUGUCAAUGUCCAGACCGUUGAUUCGAGCCCAAUGGUCAUCAACCCCAAUGGCGGCACGAAUUACAAAGGUCAGAUCCUGUUCGCAGGCGAGGGACAGGGUGCAGACGUCCCACCUGAGCUCAUUGUUAUGAACCCCGUGGAGCCAUACAACACUACAGUUCUCCUGAACAACUGCUUCGGCCGCCAAUUCAACUCCCUCAAUGACGUGUCGAUCAACCCACGUAACAAGGACAUCUACUUCACCGACACGCUCUACGGCUACCUCCAAGACUUCCGACCUGCGCCCGGGCUCCAAAAUCAAGUCUACCGCUUGAAUGAUGUUACCGGCGCGGUUACAGUAGUGGCUGACGGAUUCAGCCUUCCCAACGGCGUCACCUUCUCACCAAAUGGCUCCCACGCGUAUGUUGCGGAUACCGGUGCCAACCGUGGUUUCUGGGGCUGGAACCAGUCUUACCCGGCAACGCUCUACCGAUAUGGCGUGCAAGAGGACGGCACCUUCGAGAACCGCAAAGUUUUCGCGUUCAUCGACUCCGGUGUCCCAGACGGUGUCCACUGCGACAGCAAAGGCAACGUGUACGCAGGGUGCGGCGACGGGGUUCAGGUGUGGAACCCGUCUGGGAAACUUAUCGGCAAGAUCUACCUUGGAGAAGUGUCGGCGAACUUCAACUUCGCUGGGAAGGGGCGCAUGGUCAUUUGUGCGGAGGAGAACCUCUACUAUGUGACCCUGGCAGCUUCGGGAGGCGGAUACAUCGAGGCAUGA